GGUGUCUGGUGUGGUGUCAGCUGACUGGCAGCAUCUCUGGCAGCCGUCACAACACUGUGCUACUUGUUGACAGUUAGCUAGCAGCUACUAGCCAAGGCUUUGCAGUCGGACCGGGGGGGGGGUGGGUUAUGUUUCGCGGAGCCAGAACCGUAGACGGAGGUUAGGGCACCACCAACUCAUGGCGGCCGAAAUUCAACCCCAACCGCAGGCUCGGAAGCCAUGUCUACUCAGCAAAAUCGAGGCUUUCCAAGACGUUGUGAGCACAGCGGUCAUCAUUCCCAAGGAAGACGGCGUUAUUAGCGUGUCCGAAGACAGGACAAUUCGGGUAUGGCUAAAGAGAGACAGUGGCCAGUACUGGCCCAGUGUCUACCACACUAUGUCAACAUCAUGCUCCUGUAUGUCCUUUAACCCAGAGACAAGGAGGCUGUCCUUGGGGAUGGAUACUGGAAGUAUCUGUGACUUCAUCCUGUCAGAAGACUACAAUAAGAUGACCCCAGCAAGCACCUACCAGGCCCAUCAGGGCAGAGUGACCGUGGUCCUGUUUGUGUUGGAGAUGGAGUGGCUUCUGAGCACCGGUCAGGACAAAAAUUUCAACUGGCACUGCUCAGAAAGCGGCCAGCAGCUGGGGACGUAUCGCACCGCCGCCUGUGUUUCAGGACUACAGUUUGAUGUGGAGACCAGACACGCCUUCGUAGGGGACCAGUCUGGUCAGGUGACCAUCCUGAAGCUGGAGCAGGACAGCUGCAGCCUGGUCACCACCUUUAAGGGACACACUGGUAAUGUGACGGCGCUGUGCUGGGACCCGGUCCAGAGGGUGCUGUUCUCCGGCAGCUCAGACCACUCCAUCAUCAUGUGGGAUAUCGGAGGGCGCAAAGGCACCGCCAUCGAAAUGCAAGGACACCAUGACAAGGUUCAGGGCUUGUGCUACGCCUCACACACUCGUCAGCUCAUCUCCUGCAGCUCAGAUGGAGGCAUCGUCAUCUGGAACAUGGAUGUUACACGACAAGAGACCCCAGAGUGGUUGGACAGUGACUCCUGUCAGAAGUGUGAGCAGCCUUUCUUCUGGAACUUCAAACAGAUGUGGGACAGCAAGAAGAUCGGCCUGCGACAGCACCACUGCAGGAAGUGUGGCCAGGCCGUGUGUGGCAAAUGUUCGUCCAAACGCUCCACCAUCCCCCUCAUGGGAUUCGAGUUCGAGGUGCGUGUGUGUGACAGCUGCCACGAGUCCAUCACCGACGAGGAUCGAGCGCCCACAGCCACCUUCCACGACAGCAAGCACUGCAUUGUUUACAUGCACUAUGAGCCCACCACUGGGAAUCUGCUCACCUCUGGCACCGACAAGGUUAUCAAGCUAUGGGACAUGACUCCUGUGGUGUCCUGAGAUCUGUGGGCGACCAGCGGUCGGCAGGAAACUCUGUUCACCUCUGUUUGCCGGUCGCACUUGGAAGAGAAAGAGAGUAGCAUAUCCAACAAUAUUGAUGUCAUCGGGAUAAUAUUUAACAGUUAUUCAACAACAAGCAGUGGCUGUUGCGUGUUCACAGUGAGGACACUGCAGGCCGGUGAAGCCUGGGAACAGGACAGGCCUUGGUUGACACAAGGUUACAGACGGUUGUGGGUGUUUGUUUGUGUGAAGGGUGCUGUUUGGUGGGGGAUCUCUCUGUGUGUAUGUGUGUGAGUGUCUGUAUUGUAUAAGAGUGUGUUGGUAGGGUGGAAGAAUUUGACUUUAUAAGGAAUUGACACACCUUAUUUACUUAAUUUUCAUGCAUUCCUGAAGCUUUUCAGACUGGAAACUCACGAAACAGUAAGUGAAAUAUUUCUGCACUGUCACUGGAUACCGUGAUACCCACACUUUACAUUUUGUAGAUGUGAAGCACGUUAUGGAACUGGACUAACUCACUCACAAACUCAAA